ACCCUGGCGUCGGGCUCCCUCGGGCCCGGACCCCGCGUCGUGGACCCGCGAUGGCCAAGCGCAGCUCGCUGUCCAUCCGCAUCGUGGAGGGGAAGAACCUGCCCGCCAAGGACAUGUGAGCGCUGCCGGGGGUGGGGGCCCCAACUUUCUGGGGAGGGAUGCUGCCCCUUAAGCCUGACCUCUCUGGGGUCCGCACGGCCGCCCACAAGUGGAGCAGCGGCGAGGCACCGGCAGCAGCGACCCCUACUGCAUCGUGAAGGUGGACAAUGAGCCCAUCAUCCGGACGGCCACUGUGUGGAAGACCCUGUGCCCAUUCUGGGGCGAGGAGUACCAGGUGCACCUGCCACCCACCUUCCACGCGGUGGCCUUCUACGUCAUGGAUGAAGACGCCCUCAGCCGGGACGACGUUAUCGGGAAGGUCUGCCUUACCAGGGACACCCUGGCCGCUCACCCUAAGGGUUUCAGUGGCUGGGCCCACCUGACGGAGGUCGACCCUGACGAGGAGGUGCAAGGCGAGAUCCACCUGCGCCUGGAAGUGGUGCCGGGGCCGCGGGCCCGCCGCCUGCGCUGUUCUGUGCUGGAGGCCAGGGACCUAGCCCCCAAGGACCGGAAUGGUGCAUCUGACCCCUUCGUCCGAGUGCGCUACAACGGCCAGACACAGGAGACCUCGAUUGUGAAGAAAUCAUGCUACCCACGCUGGAACGAGACGUUUGAGUUUGAGCUGGAAGAGGGGGCCACGGAGCCGUUGUGUGUGGCAGCCUGGGACUGGGACCUUGUCAGCCGGAAUGACUUCCUGGGCAAAGUGAUAUUCAAUGUCCAGAGACUGUGGGCGACCCAGCAGGAGGAGGGCUGGUUCCGGCUGCAGCCUGACCAGUCCAAGAGUCGGCGGGGAGAGGGCAGCCUGGGCUCCUUGCAGCUGGAGGUGCGGCUGCGGGACGAGACGGUACUGCCCUCCGGCUGCUACCAGCCCCUGGUGCGGCUGCUGUGCUGUGAGGUGAAGCUGGGCACCCAGGGCCCAGGGCAGCUGAUACCACUUAUUGAGGAGACAACAAGCACCGAGUGCCGCCAGGAUGUGGCCACCAACCUGCUCAAGCUCUUCCUGGGGCAGGGACUGGCCAAAGACUUUCUGGACCUGCUCUUCCAGUUGGAGCUGGGUCGUACCAGUGAGGCUAACACCCUGUUCCGGAGCAACUCUCUGGCCUCAAAGUCCAUGGAGUCUUUUCUGAAGGUGGCUGGGAUGCGGUAUCUGCACGGCGUCCUGGGCCCCAUCAUUGACAGGGUGUUUGAGGAGAAGAAGUACGUGGAGCUGGACCCCAGCAAAGUGGAGGUCAAGGAUGUAGGGUGCUCCGGGCUGCACCGCCCACAGACCGAGGCCGAGGUGCUGGAGCAGAGCGCGCAGACGCUGCGCACCCACCUGGGGGCGCUGCUGAGCGCGCUCAGUCGCUCCGUUCGCGCAUGCCCCGCCGUGGUCCGCGCCACCUUCCGGCAGCUUUUCCGGCGCGUGCGCGAGCGCUUCCCCAGCGCCCAGCACGAGAACGUGCCGUUCAUCGCCGUCACCAGCUUCCUGUGCCUGCGCUUCUUCUCUCCCGCCAUCAUGGCGCCCAAGCUCUUCCACCUGCGGGAGCGGCACGCGGACGCGCGCACCAGCCGCACCCUGCUCCUGCUGGCCAAGGCGGUCCAGAAUGUGGGCAACAUGGACACGCCCGCUUCCAGAGCCAAGGAGGCUUGGAUGGAGCCGCUGCAGCCCACCGUGCGCCAGGGCGUGGCUCAGCUGAAGGACUUCAUCACUAAACUGGUGGACAUCGAGGAGAAGGAGGAGCUGGACCUACAGCGGGCACUGAGCCUGCAGGCACCGCCAGUGAAGGAGGGGCCGCUCUUCAUCCACAGGACCAAGGGCAAGGGCCACCUCAUGUCCUCCUUCAAGAAACUCCACUUUUCCCUCACCACCGAGGCGCUCAGCUUUGCCAAGACACCCAGCUCUAAGAAAAGCGCCCUCGUCAAGCUAGCCAACAUCCGGGCGGCAGAGAAGGUGGAGGAGAAGAGCUUUGGCAGCUCGCACGUCAUGCAGGUCAUCUACGAGGACGACGCGGGCACGCCCCAGACCGUGUACCUGCAGUGCAAGUGUGUGAACGAGCUGAACCAGUGGCUGUCUGCGCUGCGGAAGGUGAGCAUCAACAACCCCGGCCUGCUGGGUUCCUACCACCCUGGCGUCUUCCGCGGGGACAAGUGGAGCUGUUGCCACCAGAAGGACAAGUCAGAUCUGGGCUGCGACAAGACCCGGUCACGGGUGACCCUACAGGAGUGGAAUGACCCUCUGGAUCAUGACCUGGAGGCCCAGCUCAUCUACCGGCACCUGCUGGGCGUGGAGGCCGCACUGAGGGAGAAGCACCGGGAGCUGAGUGCGGCCACAGGGGCAGGCUCUGUGCGCACGGGCCCGGGGGAAGCCUCCGAGGACCCACUGGCCCAGCUGCUGCAGGUGCUGCAGGACCUCCAGGAGGCCCACAGCUCCAGCCCCGCCGGCUCACGGCCUUCGGGGCCCAACCGCCCGCUGGCGCUGCAGACGUGAGGUCCACCCUCUGCGCCCUCGCCGAGCCCCCUGGCCAGGUGCUUGGAGAACCCC